AUGAUGAGCCCAUUAGCAGCAGUCCAUCCGCUUCUGCUAUUCGUGUAUUUCUUCACAUUCAUUAUCCACUCGGUGGAAGCCAUCAACGAGACAGACGUGCGCAAUGCUGUGGACAGAUUAGAUGAUUACAUUCAAACAGUUCUUACUCAAACAGGUGUACCUAGCAUAGCCGCGGCAGUGGUCUACAAUGACUCUGUCGUCUACUCCAACGCGUUUGGCAUCCGCACAGUUGGAAGCAACGAGUCAGUUACGCCAGAGACAGUCUAUCAGUUGGCCUCCCUCUCCAAAUCCAUCUCAUCGACCAUAGUUGCUGGGCUGGUCAGUGACGGCUACCUGAAGUGGACGUCACACGCAAAUGACCUCGACCCGCUGAUUGAACUGUCUGACCCCUGGAUCACGCGAGAGGUGACGGUCGAGGACUUCUUCUGCCAUCGCAGUGGCCUCUACGGCGGCGCGGGCGAUGACAUUGAGACCUUCGGCUACAACCGCUCGGAGAUCUUGCCCAAGCUGAAAUACCUGGCCCCGACUGGAUCAUUCCGAGUCGCAUACCAGUACAGCAACUAUGGCGUGACCUGCGGCGCCGAGGCUGCGGCGUCCGCUGCUGGGGGCUCCUGGGAGGACUUAGCCAAAUCACGAUUAUACGAGCGGUGUAACAUGAGCUCGACGAGCUCACUCAACGCAGAUUUCAUGCAAGAAAGCAACCGCGCAUCUUUGCACGUCCUGCCUCCCAACAUAACGGAUGCGAAUUUGACCGAGCCAUACAUCAAAGCUCCACUCCGAGACCCAGACGCCCAGGCUCCCGCAGGAGGCGUGACAUCCAACGUUCUCGAUCUUGCACAAUGGCUGCGUCUAGUGCUAGGAAACGGGACAUACAAUGGUGAAGCGGUCAUCAACUCCACCAACAUACUCUACGCGCACCAGCCACAGAUCGUGCGCGGGCUUGAUCCCGCCACGGGGAUGCCGGGGUACUACGGGCUAGGCUGGACGGUGGACUACGAAGCCCCAAACUCAGGACGGAUCUUCAUCGGGCACGCCGGUGCCUUCUCGUCGGGAACACGAAGCAUCGCGCGCCUGAACAUAGCGGACGGGUUGGGCAUCGUGGUCCUCUCAAACUGUUUCCCAACAGGCACGCCAGACGCGGUUGCGUUUGCGUUCAUGGACUGGGUGUAUCACGGCAACGAGACAAGGGACUGGCUAGGCUUCUGGGACCCGCUGUACAACGAGCUGAACAUGCAGAUCUCUGGGACGGAUCCGGGUUUUGAUGUCUCGCCCUCGUCCUCUGGCAAUAGCAGCGGGGGUCCCCUCCCUGGCCCAGCCGUCUACGCCGGCGUGUACAGCAACGACUACGUCGGGCGCGUCAACAUCACCGCCACGGACUCCACCUCGAACCGCAACCUGACGCUAGACAUCGGCAGCAGGUCCUUACCACUGACAUACUGGGAUAGCAACGUAUACGUGAUGCGCGCGGUGGUGGAAGCUCCGGAGGCGCCGUCGGCGGUGACGUUCGUGCUAGGUCCAGGCGGCGAGGCCAUGCAGGUGAUCAUCGAUUCGUUGAACGGCGAUGGUGGUGGUGUCUUGGAUAGGGAAUCCUAA